AUGCAGUUGAUAAUGGCCUUAUUUUAUUUGCCUUUGGUGGCUGCUCGAUGCAGAACAGUUAAAUUUUUCAAGGAAGAAGGUGUUGCUCUACAGAAUCACGUCAUUAAAACUGUGACUGAUUCUAAUCCGAUAUCAUGUGGCUGGCAAUGUGCAGACACUCCUCUGUGUUUCUCUAUGAACGUCAGAAGGUUACCAAAUGGAUGGGUUACGUGUGAGCUGAACAAUUCCAGCAAAAUUGCUGACCCACGAGAUUUGAUCUCAAGACCUGGAAGUCAUUAUUAUGAACCACAGGUAAUACUUUAUCAUUGUUAGCAUUUAGGGAAAGAUACCUCGAAAAAACCUGCUUGCCUGUUGGAAGUCAAUACUACUACAUUCAGAUAUUGCUAACAUCAACUUUUCAUAAUAAUUUAUCAUUUCCACUAAUAUUCUUACGCAUCCCUCCCCUCCUCCCCCCCCUCUUCCGAACUCCUCAAUGAUAAAUUGGCAGUCAAAUUACGAUAGUCACCCUCUUUGUACUCUGUUGGGUCUGACGCAAGCAGUGAGCCUCAAGAAUUCUCUAUAAGAAAGUUUUUCGAUUAAAUAGAGGUCCUUCCACCAGCUUCCGGCCCUCCGACAAUCUUUACAAAAAUAAACGUUCAUAGAAAAGGUUCGGCUAAAUUGAAAACAGCUUAGAACGUGGCUUUGUUAAAUAACGGCUAAACUUUGUAUAAAUAACCUACUCUAGGGUUUAUUAUAUCGUUUUUCAUCCUAAGAAUUCAUUUUGGUAUUGCUCCUAUCAAGGAGGCUACUAUUUCCAAAUACGUGUUUGUUUAAAUCUUAGGAAGUUGAACAUUGUACGGCGGAGCAAUGCGUCUACAAAGAAGGUAAGAUGUGUUUAUUGUGACAGUAAUAAAUAUCGCGAUUAUUUUUUUCUAAAUAUCUUAUAACAUUUUGUUAAGAUAACUUUUUUUCAACAAUUUAUUUCCUAUUUUUUAAUUACUUUAAGUGAGCUCAUGAUGCCACCAAAUGUAAUGUAACCGUCAAAAUCUUAAGUACACACCUAAAGACGUAUCUGAAUUGAUGCUUACUUGUAAAUGAUCUAAUUAGCUAUACUUAAGUAUUCUUCCCCAGCUAUCGUUAUGUACUCAGUUCGACUAAAAUUUCCAAAUUGUCCCUAGAACAUAGUUUGGGCAGAUUCGUGAAAAUAAAUAUAGAGUCUAAACUGUAGCGCUAUUUAUUUCAUGAUUGCCACAGCUCUUCCAGAUGGUUGGUACAGACUUGGUUCCAAGCUCCACAAAUUGUUUCACGAGAGGAAGACCUGGGGACAAGCCCGCCAGUUUUGCCAUUCGAUCGGAGGAGAACUUGCGUCGAUCGAUCAGGAAAAUGAAAACUCAUUCAUUUUCCAUUUACUCAACCAGAUCAAACCAAUUUCAGCAGGCAUGCUUGCUUGAGUUUACAUACAAUACAAUGAUACUAACCAAUACUUAUUAAUUUUUUCAUCGACUGAGUUCGAUUCCAAAUCUAUUCAUCCAGAGUGACUAGCAUCUAAUUUCUCCUCACAAUAACACCCCUGAAUCAAACAUUAUGAUCACGAGAAUAACAGAAAUGAUCGCCAACUAAAGAAGCUCUUGAUUGUUAAACAAAUUCUCCUUGUCAGCAUCUUGGGAAAUAUAUAGAGCAGAGUAUGGAGACUAAGCAUACUGAUGUUAGGGUGUAAAGGGCAACAAGCAGAAGAGAGAGGGUCAAAUGAUGUCAUCGUCAUUUGAGUUGUUUUCCUUAUGACGUCCGUCUCAGAAAGUCUUUAUUCGUACCACAAUUUGAGUAGCAUGGGAAAACAGACCUGAAUUACUUUUCCAUUUGGGAACGAUGCCUGUAUGAAAACAGAUGUCAAAACGUUCCAACCUGAAUCAUGAAGAAAAACAACUAACAUCCGUUAAUAAUUGAGCGACAUUUAUUUUCUUUCUAAGGUAAAAACGUGAUAAGCCGCUGGCUUUUAGAUGGCAGUGACGUUGACAUAAGGUAAGCUGACUCAUAAUCCUUAUACCAUGUUUCAAAAUACACCUGAUAGGGUUGGUUAAAUGGAAACCACACCCAUUUGAACAUUUCCUGCUUUUUUUCUUUCAACAGCCUGUUUAAUGGAGCGAGAUAUGAAGAAGAUAUCAAUAGUGAGAAAGCAUUGUACCUCGAUGGAUUGUGCGCUUACGCUACAACUCCAGCCGUUAAUUUUGUGACGGACAGUUUCACUUUGGCCAGUUGGGUCAAAUUACAAUCCCCUGUUAAAGAUCCAUCGACUAUAUUUGGAUACUGGUCAGAUCCUUACUUUCUACGCUUCUCCGCCUACAUAGAUAACGGACUCCAGUUUCAGUUAUAUAAUCACAAAAUGAAACAGCGCGUUUUAAAAUUUCGUGCGGGGUAAGGGGAACUUUGUUUUUUUUGCUUUGGAUAGUCUGCCAAUCUCAGCACAUACCAAGAAUAACGAUGCUUUGAUUGUCUGUAUUUAUCAAACACUUACCAAAAUAUCCAGUAGCUGUUAAAAAUUAACAAACAAAAAGUUGAUAUUGCAUAGAAGGUUAUAUAAUUGAGUUAAACUAUAUAGAGAGAACUGCCACCCUAAUAAAAAUCAUAGUAAAGUUGAAGCGCUCUUUACCUCCUAUUACUUUAUCCACACCAUUCUUUUACAGAACUCCAAAAAUUGACGAAUGGUUCCACGCCGCAGCGGUCUGGAACAGAGAUGAAAGGAAGACUUACUUAUACCUUAACGGUCAGGAAAUAGGAAGUGACAAGAGCAACACUAUCCCCAAAAAUUUCCCCGCCGCAACUUGUGACAUUGGACUGAAGAGGGACAGUAAUGACACAACGAGAGGAUAUCUGAAAAAUCUGAUGAUUGUUGGUGCUGCACUUACUGGUGAAGAAAUAAGUAACAUGACAGGUAAAGCAACAUUUUUUAACUUCACCAAUUCUAGUAAUAACUCAAGUUUGGGAACACCUCGGUGUGUUAAAGUUUCAGGAGUGGUCACGAUACGUUUAUACGAUAAAAGUACGCUGUCCCCACAAAUUAUCUUGUUUUAAAAAAGUACGGUUUGUGCGGAACAAUGUCAGUAUCUUAGCAACCUACCUCUCCCCUAACCCAACAUUAACCUUAACUUGUUAUCAGUUGACUCUUGUUGGGUUCUCUUACGAAGGGCAGACGUUGGUAACGUCAGCCUUUAAAACCAUUACGGUUAUAAAGAGGUUCAGAUUUUCCUCAGUAACAUUAUUUGAAAUUAAAUUUGAUGUCAACAGAUUCAAAUAACGAAGCCAUGUAUGGAGUUUGGACAGGUCUUAAUGACAUAACCACAGAGGAUCUUUUUCAUUGGCCAAAUGGCAGUCAGGUGACUUAUGAGAGGUGGAGUGAGGGCCAGCCAGACAACGCUCAUGAAUACCAGAACUGUGUUCAAAUGAAAGUUAAUGACGGGACUUGGGAUGAUGAAAGCUGUGGAAAACGCCUUCCUUUUCUCUGCGAAAAGAAACCUUAA